GCAGCUGAUUGCAAUGCCGUUCUUAAAGCUCUACAGCCCAUUUUUCAGGAGCAGGGAAUGACAGAAACAGUUCAUAACUGGGAAGACCAUGGUUAUUUAGCAACCUACAUCAAAAAAAAUGGCAGUUUUGCCAAUUUGAGAAUUCACCCUCAUGGACUAGUGUUGGUGGAUCUGCAGAGCUGCAAUGAUCAUAUGAAAGGAAGAGAGGAAACCGAUCAGCUUCUAAACAAAGUAGAAGAAAGAAUGAAAGAAUUGUUUCAUGGUAAUAUAAAAAGGGUGAAGCGAUUGCCAACCAUUUUGAGAGGAGGCGUCAUUGAUAGAUACUGGCCCACAGCAGAUGGGCGCUUGGUAGAGUAUGACAUAGAUGAAGUUGUUUAUGAUGAAGAUUCACCAUAUCAGAAUAUUAAAAUUCUGCAUUCAAAACAGUUUGGGAAUAUUCUUAUCCUCAGUGGGGAUGUUAAUCUGGCAGAGAGUGACCUGGCAUAUACUCGAGCCAUAAUGGGCAGCGGAAAAGAAGACUACACUGGCAAAGAAGUGCUAAUCCUAGGAGGUGGUGAUGGGGGUAUACUAUAUGAGAUAGUCAAACUGAAGCCAAAGAUGGUCACUAUGGUAGAGAUUGACCAAAUGGUGAUUGACGGGUGUAAAAAAUACAUGCGUAAAACAUGUGGAGAUGUCUUGGACAAUCUGAAAGGAGAAUGCUAUCAGGUUCUAAUUGAAGACUGUAUUCCCGUACUGAAGAGAUAUGCCAAAGAAGGAAGGAUGUUUGAUUAUGUAAUUAAUGAUCUGACAGCUGUUCCAAUAUCUACAUCUCCAGAAGAAGAUUCCACAUGGGAGUUUCUGCGGUUGAUUCUUGACCUCUCAAUGAAAGUCUUGAAACAAGAUGGAAAAUAUUUCACACAGGGAAACUGUAUCAAUCUGACCGAUGCCUUGACUCUGUAUGAAGAACAGCUCAGCAGGCUUUAUUGUCCUGUGGAAUUUUCAAAAGAAAUUGUAUGCGUUCCCUCCUACAUGGAAUUAUGGGUGUUCUACAGUAUUUGGAAGAAACAAACGGAAGUCUGAACAUCGAGAUUUUUCAAGAUUAUCCUAAGCAUACAUGCUGCAUGGAGCAUAUAGGCCUGCCACGUGCUGCAUAUUGGCAUCUUGAACCUUUAAAUUAUAUGCUGUAGAUGAUCCUGAAACUUAGUCAUGCUAUUGAUUGUGAAUUCUUUAAAUGUUUUUUAUUAUUAUUUUAAUUUAAAAGCAAAUGGAAAAUGUAUAUUUUGAUGAGCUGGGGUGUUAUUUUUGAAAGUCAACUUAAAGAUGAAUAAGCAGCAAAACUAUGUAGCUGCUGAAUGCACUGAACCUUUAGAAUGUGAUCCUUUUUAUUUUUUGUAGAUCUUCACAAACUGAUUGAUUAAAAAAGACAUCUUUAGCAUUUCAUCCCUGAGGGUGGUCCAUGGAGUUUUUGUUUUUUGUUUUGUUUUCCCAUCAAAUUUUUAUCUAUGGUGCUUUUCGAGGCUAGAGGAGUGGUUUUUUUUGUUAUGAUUUUUAAAUGAACGCUGCAGUGCUUCCACAGAGAGAAGGGCGGCAAAAGUUUAAAAAAAAAAAAAGGGGGGGGGGAGGGGGAAUCUUGUGAAAGGAUACCCCAAAUCCUUCAUUAAAAAGGGAAGAAAGCUAAUCUUAAAUUUCGUUGAUUUAUUCUAGUGUCAUUCAUCAUAUUGCUGUAAUCUCUUCUGCAGAAGAAGAAUCUUUGAUCUUUUGCUUCAUGGUGUUCUUUAGCAGCCAUACUGAUAUUUGGAUUUUAAUAUGGAUUUAACAGUAGGUUAUAGAGCCACUUUGAAAUCUAUGAACGUGACAAUUAAUACUGAUUUUUCCAUCCCACCACAACGCAAAAAACUGAGUGUAAUGAGGUCCCUGUGGUCAUACAUUCCUCAGCCUUAUGGGAAGCACUGGGUUCUUGAAGAACAAAAAGUCCCUUAGGAGGGAAAAGAAAAGUGGAUGUGAUCUAGAUUCAUGUGCACCAGUAUUUCUUGAAUGAUUUGGAGCAAAUACGUUUACUUCAGUAGAGUAAGUCCUGGCUGAAUUGCUGCAAACUGACCAUGUUGUGUGGGGCGCUUGCUCAAUUAGAUUCACGUUAAAACUCACUGGAAGAUAGGUUACAUUGUUGUUUUAGUUCUGAAAGAUAAAACGUUUUUCUUCAACUGUUUUUCAUGUCUGAAAAGUUAUAUUUUUGUAAAAAUGUGCUGUUUGCUAACUAAAACUUUGCUUUAAGGGUUUGAGAGAUCCCACUUGAAAGAACGCAGGAAGAAUAUAACCUGUACAUUUCCAAGAUAGAAUAAAAUUUCCCUAAACACUAAUCCUGAACCAAAAUGAUACUAUCAAUGAAAACAAACAAAACCACACACCCAAGAUCUGUGUUGUUAAACAGUCAAUAAAGAACUAUUUUACUUUUUCCCACAUAAAAACUGAUGCUGAAAUCGGAGUAGCGUGUUUAGAAUUCCAGAGUGAUAUUGGAAAACUUGCAAAAAUUGCCCUACGUUUGGUGUCUCGUUAUUUUUGCGUGUACAGUUGUGCUGUUAAACUGCUUUCAGUUUGGAGCAUCAGGAGAAAUACUCUUCAUUCUUACUGUUUUAAAUGAUUGCAGUCAGUGCUAAUUCUUCAGUAUACAUUAGGCACAGUUGUUUCAUGGCCUACAGCCUGUAUAUCCGUAACUACUUCAAAGAGCAGAGCCUCCCUCUUGAACAAGAGAAUAGUCUUGCGUUUCCCCAAGUGUUUUAGCUGUUGUAUCCAUUCCAGAAAAUGCCUUGAGACUAUUGCCUAUGGCCUAGUAGUAACCGCUAAUGUAUGAUAUGGGACUGCGAUCAGUAUAUUGUGUAGGGUGCAAAUUAAUGCACAUGUCCUGUAGACAGUUGUGUGUAUCCUUAACUUUGCGUGCAUGAAUAUUCCCGUUAAUUCCGUAUGUGAUUACUCAUAUAGGUGGUAUUAAGCACACAGGUGUUCACUAGGACAGGGCUUACAGGAUAUGCUUUCCUGAGUGAGCUUGAUAGAUAGAAAUCAGGUACAACAAUGGGUGGGUGGUAGAUUUUUUUUGAUAUAUUUUUUUUGUUUGUUCAUUUUUGGAAACUUAUGAACUGGAAGGUGAUUAAUACAGUUGCUGGCUUGCUGUACCAAGGCUAGCGCUUUUCUUUGGCUUAGAUGCACAAAGCUGCCUAAACACAAAGAUUUUGGGGAUAGGGGGAUGUUCUGUAUCAGUUCCUUGAAUGACCAGAGGACCCAAAACUUGGUGGAUUAGGUUGUUGGUAGGUGGAGGGCAGCAGUGCUUGGAAUUUUUUUCUUUUCAUUUGUUACAGUGUGAAGAUUUACUGAGAAAUUACUUUUUUCUUUUCUUCAGACCUUUUAAUAUAGUUUCUUUUAAAUUGAUAGAUGUAGUAUAAAGCAAUUCAGCAAACACUGAAUAUUGCUAUCCUAUUUUUUUAAGUUGCUGAACUGAUUCUGAGGAAAUACAUAUGCAUUGUUAGUUUUUAUUUAUUUGUUGCUGUAGAGAAAAUUAAAAAUAAAAUUUUGUGAUAGAUUUUUCAAAAGCAAACUACGAUAGCUGAUAGCAGUUUUUCAUGUUUAAGGCCAGUUGGGAAAUAGCUAUGAUUGCCGCACUGUGUAUGCAAACAAUUCCCAAGAAGUGAUUGACGUGACUUUUUUUUUUAAAUUAUUCUUUGCACUAAAUGCUGCUUCCACCUAGAAAUGUGAUUUAAAAUUUAAAAACCUGACUAAUAGUAGUUUGUGCAAAGAGAAGAUUGCUGGCAUUGUAUCUGCUGCAUCAGUGCAGUGCACAUGUUAAAAUAAAGGUACGCUGUUCUUA